AUGCGAAAUUACUCGAGGCUCGAAAUCUAUGGUGGACUUACUAAUAUAAAUUUUGAAGAAAUGACAGAAUAUAAAAGUGAUCGUUCGGUUCCAGUGAGGCGCAAACUAAUUAACCACGCUUUCCCCAAUACUUGGGACAUCGAGAACAACAAUGGUAGUAAACGUAUUCCAUUGACGUCCACCUCAAAGCAAUAUUUUCAAGUCUUGAAACAGUUUGAUGAUGCAAAUAUGAAGGGAAAAUACACGCAAAUAAUAAGAAUCGAACGAAUACACAACGAACGAUGGUUUUUACAGUACUCAGCUCAUCGUGAUGAAUUCAAACAGCGUUUCAAUGAUAAUUCGUGCGAACGGUCUCUAUUUCAUGGUUGUAGAGACGUAACUAUUAAUUCAAUUAUUAAUGAAAAUUUUAAUCGUGCAUAUGCUGGUGUUAACGGUAGACUAUAA